AUGGAGACUCAACGUAAUUUCCUCCACUUUCCAUUAGAAGUAAUUCUGGAAGUAUUUUCAUGGUGCUCCAAAUCGGAUCUCCUCAGCUUAACUCUAGUGUGUAAAGAUUUCAACGAGGUCAUCAGCAACUGCAGCAAGCUUAUGGAAAGAGUCUCAUUAACAUUAACACCGGCGAAAGUAAAAAACAACGAGAUUUGGGGUGGAAUCAGAAAAUAUUCUCACGUUCUCGUCCAAAGCAGUCAUCCACAAAAGGCAUUAAUCUUUCGAGACAACAAAAAUUAUUUGACAAAUUUGGAAAUUAAGGACAUUAAAGUAAGACUUGAAUGUUUGAGGAAAACAUUCUUUAAGUUUCCAUAUUUAAAGCAUUUGAAGCUGGAUUCGAUAUGCGUGAGACCAGUCGACAAUGGCUACUUUGAAGGUCCAUUACCUGCUUUGGAUCUUGACACGCUGUAUCUGAAAUGCGACAAGAAAAUUCUUUUCUUUUUGAUGAAUACGCAGACAAAAAAAUUGACAGUAAAUUCAUCGUUGGCGAUGCCUGACGAGAGAUUGCCUUAUAAGUUGUUCUUAAAGAGUCAGAAGUUUCUCAAAGAAUUUAUAACAUGUGGCUUGUAUGUUGAUCACCCGAUAUUUGAUAGUGGACAACUAAAUCAAGUCGAGUUCCGUUUGGAAAAGCUUGUGAUGAAAAAUUUGUGUGAAAAACCAGUUCCGAACUUUACUAACUUCUUGGAGAACCACCGUGAGAGCUUAAAGGAAGUGAAUAUCACAAAUUUAGCAGAAAAGGGCGACUUCUGUGACGAUGUUCUUAACCAUCUCAGCACAUUUAAAAACUUAAAGAGGCUUGUCCUUACCAGCGUUGAUCCAACAUUCAAGCCAAUGCCAUAUGUUGAGGAAUUGUUGUUUCUUCGUGUACGUGCCUACACAAAUUUGAAAUGGAGUGAUAAAUUUUUGAAUGUUGAGAGGUUGAUCCUGUCAUGUGAUGAUAAUGAAAAAAUUAAGGAAUUGAUCAACCUUAAGAAAUUGCAGUGCCUCGUUGUUUAUCAUGCCACGCCACUUCCAUCCAUAAAAAUUCCGAUUACAUUCCGAAGAAUUCGAGCAUUUCAAAAACCCAACAAUGAAAUUAGAUAUUUUGAAGAAGAAAAUGAGAGGCUACGAGGCUUAUUGACGGAAACAUGCAAUUUGACUAAUUUUGUAUACGAUCGGAUUCGAGCACUACAGAGAAGUAUACAGCAAAUUAAUUUACAUCGUUUAAAUUUACAGCACUAAUUGAGAUUCAGAUACACGUUUUGUUUCAGUUACAUAUACUCUUUCAAGGAUGUUUUUUC